AUGCAGCUCAUCAAGUCCACCGUUGCCCUCGCCGCCCUGCUUUCUGGCGCUGAGGCUGUCAACCUCCUCUUGUAUCUUGGAAGCAGCGCGAAUAACUGCAACGGGAGCCUGUUUGUCUGCAGGAACAUCGGACCCAGCACGUGCUGCGAUGACCCAAACCAGCGCAGCCAUCGUUCCGCCGCCAUCGAGAACGUUCCGAACGACAGGAACACUGAGAUUCGCACCUAUGCAUCGGGCGGCUGCACGGGUCUCAAAGAGGUCAUUACUGCCCCGCGUGGCGCCUCGAGGUUCUGUCGUCCAUUCUCCAGUGUCCCCGUCACCGGCGCGGGAUGGAACUAUUUCGGUACCAAGCGCGAGCUCGUAGACGACGUCCCCUGCACCUCGAGCCAGCGGCCCGACGCUAUCCGCUUCGAGGACGGCUCCGAGAUCUCGAUUGGUGACCUGGACGAUGAGCAGUACCAGACAGUGGCCUCCCUUGCCAACAACGACGGAACCCAGUCCGAGAUCACCGAGCUCAUCACCUCC